AUGGGGAUUGGCGCAGCUGCCGCCGGGACCAUGUUGUCAGACCUUGCCUUCCGCCCUUCCCUGUACGGGAUUAAAUUUGCUGACGCUAGGUCCGCCGUAGAGCCUCCCUACCCUCCUCUAUCUCCUACAACGGCUGAAACAGACGCACCGUACAUGCCUUUGAUAAUGAUCAUACGACAAGGGACUUCCCAACCGAGCGAACAGAAGAAAUCGAGGAAGGAUAAGGGAGGGGAGAGGAGGGAAAGGGAAGAGGGAGAGAGGAGAAACAGGACGCCGGCGGGGGCUGGGCUCCAGCGGCGGCGGCGCUUUAGUGCGGUGGAGGUAGGGUGGCAGCUGCGGUGUCGCGCCGUGGGGCAGAGCGAGCGAGAGGGAGCAGGGCAGCGGCGUGACGGCGGAAGGGCGGUAUGUAGCGGCCUUGGCUCCAGCGAGGAAGAAGCACGGGGUGAGCAGCGGUGCCAGAGCAGGAAGCAGAGAAGAGGAGGAGGUAGAGGGAAAGCAAAGCAGGACGCCGGCGAGGGUGCUUGGCCGCUCACGGCUCCAUCAGGCAGAGGCGAGCGCGGCUCUCUGCCUCGGGCGGAGGUACAGAGCAGGGCCGCGGCGGCGGUGUGGAGCAGAGCAGAGAUGGGGAGAGGGAGAGGAGAAUGGAGGUGGAGUGGGAGAGGAGGAGCUCAAGCUCGGGGCGAGGAUGGCGAGCUCCGUUGGCCCCCUUUUAUAGGCGCGGCAGGACGAUGCGCGGCGGCCGAUAUUUUUCGACCACGGCGAUCUUUGCCGGCAAGGGUGGCAGGCGACAGCGGCAGCGGCGCUGUGGCCAGCGGAGCACGGCAAGGUGAUAGCUGGGGCGGGGUGGCUUGA